AUGAACAUUCACAGGUCCACCCCUAUCACAAUAGCGAGAUAUGGGAGAGCGCGGAACAAAACCCAGGAUUUCGAAGAGCUGUCGUAUAGGUCCGCUGAGCCCAGCCAGAGUUUCAGCCCGAAACUUGGCUCUCCGAGCCCGCCCGAGACUCCGAACUUGUCGCAUUGCGUUUCUUGCAUCGGGAAAUACUUACUGUUGGAGCCUCUGGAGGGAGACCACGUUUUCCGCGCUGUACAUCUGCACAGCGGAGAGGAGCUGGUGUGCAAGGUGUUUGAGAUCAGCUGCUACCAGGAGUCCCUGGCCCCUUGUUUCUGCCUGUCUGCCCACAGCAACAUCAACCAAAUCACAGAAAUCCUCCUGGGGGAGACCAAAGCCUAUGUGUUCUUUGAGCGGAGCUAUGGAGACAUGCAUUCCUUUGUCCGCACUUGCAAGAAGCUGAGGGAGGAGGAGGCAGCCCGACUGUUCUACCAGAUUGCCUCUGCCGUGGCCCACUGCCACGAUGGAGGGCUGGUGCUGCGUGACCUCAAGCUACGGAAAUUUAUCAAGGAUGAAGAGAGGACUCGUGUCAAGCUGGAGAGUUUGGAAGAUGCUUACAUUCUCCGGGGUGAUGACGACUCCCUCUCUGACAAGCAUGGGUGCCCAGCGUAUGUCAGCCCAGAGAUCUUGAACACCACUGGCAGUUAUUCGGGCAAGGCCGCGGACGUGUGGAGCCUGGGGGUGAUGCUGUACACCAUGUUGGUGGGGCGUUAUCCCUUUCAUGACAUUGAGCCCAGUUCCCUCUUCAGUAAGAUCCGCAGGGGCCAGUUCAACAUUCCAGAAACUCUGUCGCCCAAGGCCAAGUGCCUCAUCCGAAGCAUCCUGCGACGGGAGCCCUCAGAGCGGCUGACCUCACAGGAGAUUCUGGACCAUCCUUGGUUUUCUACAGAUUUUAGCGUCUCGAAUUCGGGAUUUGGUGCUAAAGAGGCAUCUGACCAGCUGGUGCCAGAUGUCAACAUGGAGGAGAACUUGGACCCUUUCUUUAACUGAGCUUAAGGCCCACGGACACUUAGCAGGUACCAGGAGCAAGAGAGGGUCCCAGAAAGGAGUUCUGGACCACAGGUGGCCUGGCUGAGAAGCAAGACGGACACUUGUAUUUACACAUUUCUUGGUUCAAAGGAGGAAUACCUUCCAGGAGCUGACCGAACACUUAGCAUGGGAACAAGACCUGUGGGAUGGGGGUUGGGUUUAGAUGGUCAGGAGCCCCUCCCCUAAGCUUCUCUUCCCUGGGGUAGCCCGGAGAGACCCCUCUGCCAGUUGGGCUACUUCAUCUACCCCCCUUUUCAUUUUAUUCAGAAAUAGUUGCAGGUCUCGAUAGAACUGAAACUCUUCUGCCUCAAACACACACCUUGGCAUUGCACUGUUAGCAUUUAACUUCUUGUUAUGAUUCAGGGAAGGGACAAUUGAUCGAAGAUUUUUUUUCUAAACAGGCCAACCAACCACCUAUGUAAUAAUUAAUGGGAUUCACUUAAAAUGAUAAUAAUAAUAAUAAUAAUUCGGUGCACACAGACUGACCUGAAACCUGGGUGCUAAACAAAAAGAAAAUGAAAGUUCCAUUUGUCACCUCUCAUUCUCGCUUUUCAACUCAUUUCUUAUAAAUAAGUGAUUUCCUGUUCCGAUUCAGGCUUUGCUUCCUGGAGAGGGAGAGGGAGAGGCAGAUCUGUUCUGUGACAGACAGUUCUGCUUCUCAUCAGUUGGGUUUUUUUUUUUUUUUUUGUAGCAGGAAACGAUUAGAAGUCAAAAUUCCAGAUGUAGUAUCACAGUCUGGGGAAAGAAGAAAGGAAAAGAGAAAAAAAUCCAACUCCUUUCUGGGUUUUGUUCUUUUGAAGGAAGAGGGUUCUCACUGCAGAUAUUGCUUUCUGCUCUGAAUACAGCGAGGGAUUCCAGAGGGGCGGGGGGCAGGGGUGGCUCCUGGAGUCAGAUCUCAUUGAUGAUGCUGAUCUCAACGUUGUGAUUUUGCUUUAUGGGAAACUAGUAAAACGAGACAGGUUGUCCCAUGUGUAUAAAAUAUAGGGCAGCUAUUUCCUUUUCUUUGCUAAGAAUGGUCCUCUGGGCUUGGGAAAAGCCCUCCGGUUUGAACAGAAGGGAUGAUAAAAACACAAACAGCUCUCUGUCCCAAUACGCACCUUUGUAUUUUCAAGAACUCUUGUAUUUAUUAAGGAAAAUGUCACAUUGUGAUGUAUUAAGCCAGUACUUCAAUUACGGGUCGACGGGAUGACAUGUUACAUGCUGUAGUUAUCACUUAUAAUUUGUCCCCCUGUUUGAGUAUUUCUGUCCCUGGAAUAACCUCUCACUUGGCUCUUUCUAGAUAGCCUUAUUUGAUUUCGAGUGGCAAAAUGUUUUCCUUUUGUAUUCGGGCUUUUCUAUUGCUGUAUGAUACAGAUCUCUUUUGGCAUAAAUAUUUGUGUUCCCAGUACCUCAGUCAUUUGGGUUUUACUGCCUGCAUAUGUUUUGUGAAAUGGUCCUGUUUUUGGGUAGGUAACACGUGGACUCUAGUGUGUAAAUGUUACUUGAAUCUGUGCUUCACUCUAGUAUGUGGCAUGUGUGUGCGGACUCUUGGAUGCUUCAUGCCUACUCCACAGGAGCCCCUGUCCCCAGGAGGGUGGCUUCCCCAUUCAUAAUCAGGAGACAAAGCUGCCAUGGAUAUACCCUUGGUUCUAUUUUGAUAAUGGAAGAUACAGAGAGAGGGAUGUUACAGUCAGAAGAUGGUGCUGUGGCAAGAAGGACCUUCUGUCUUCUCUCUCCCCUGUCUUUCGAGUACUGGGUGGGAGGAAGGAUUGGUGACAUGCAUGGUGGGGACUAAUGGCCUCUGGUGCUUUGUCCUGUAUUUGGUUUAAUGUUUUUGUCCUAAUCUCUUCAAUCAAUAAAAUUGUGCGUAUUUAACUAAAA